GAUUAGAGCACAGCCUCGAAGACCAGAUCUAGGGUUUCCUACCCAAGCUCAGACGCGGGGGCAAAGGUCAGGAGGAUCGGCGGCGAUCACUGAAUUUCGAGGCGCCGAGUAAGAUGGAAGAAGACGCCCUGAAUUUCGAGGCGCCUAGGAAGACGGAGCUGGCAUCCUUCAUUUAUUUGGAUGGUGAGUUGUGGUGGACUGGGGAGCCAGAGUCCCUACAGUCUGAGGUGCCGCCCAGGAGGACGGAAGUCGAGAAAGAGGGGCACUCGGAGGAGCAUGAAACACCAGAACUUGAGGUGAUUGGGCCAAAUGACCAGUCACACUGGAUGACUGUUCGCCAGUUUCGCUGUUCCUGGAACGAACUAUGGUCUGGCCACUACGGUUCAUUUGAGGACACCACCAAGAUCCCCUCCAUGCGUUUCACAAACAAACCUGUGGAGGAGUUUCCUGCCUACAUGGAUACUCUACAGAUCUUCUCAGUGAAACUUGCUGCAACAAGAGGGGCCUUACAGUUGCCACUUGAUGUGUUUGGUAUGGUUGCCAUUCGCGACCCAGUUGAUCACAAUCGCAAUAUUAUCUUCCACCGCGAAAGAGACGGUUGCCAAACCCUCACCGAAAAGGAUCCAUAUUUGGUAUUGGCAGGUCCUACCCGUGCUGUUAUGUUUGCAUUGAAUCCUACUAUCAUCGAGGUUGACCUUCAAAUAAAGGGUACUACCGAGUCCGAGGAUGAGCACCUGACACUACUACAAAACAGGCCUUUGUUCCUGGCCAUUUGUCCCGGCAGCCUUUGGGCCCGGGACAAUAGGUGGCUUUUGUCCCGGGUCCAAAGGCUAGCCGGGCCAGCGGGGGGGACGGGGGGAACCUUGGCCAGGAGCCAGGAGUCCAGGACGCCCCCGCACCUCGUCAACUAUAGUGUGAGCUUCCUAGUUGCGCCAUUAAGACGCUUCGCCACCAGAUUUUCGCACCUAUUCAACUGUUCUUACACUAGCAAGCUUAGCACACUGGAGUUUACGCUUGGCCACAUUGCUUUCUCUGUGGAGGCCACAAUAUUUGUGCGUGUCGUUCAUGGGUCAUGGCCAGAUUGUUAUCGUGGUCAAUUCAAUGCCUUCAUUACUGGUUUCACUGACAGAUGCCCCAUGCCCGUUGGCAACAAACUCUCCACUGGAACUGGUCGUGAGACAAUCCUCUUGCUUGAUUCUGGAGGUGAGAGAUUGCUUGUUGAUGGUGAUAGCAAGAUCAAAUUUUCAAGGAAUAUUGUUUCUGUUGAAUGUAUUGGGAAGUUGACAGUUAAGGUCAAUGUAUCAGAAGGUGAAACUGAAAUUGUGGAAAAGGCAGCUAGUUUUGACGCAUCAGAAUCUGGUAAAAGUGUUGAUUGGAUUGAUGUUUACUUCUGUAAAAUGGAAGUCACCGUUUUCUGGUCGUCCAUUUCAUGUUACUAGGGGUGGUAAUGGGUCAUGGCCCUAGUGGUCUCUUCACAGCCCAACAAAAC